AUGUUAUGGGGCUGUUAUGGGAGUCAAUACCCAUUGAGAAUAGAGAGGGGGGUUUCACUCAAUCGCAUCGGAUUCGGGGAGAAAAGCACCUUCAAAAUUUCCAAAUUAAGAAUUGAUAGUUCUCAGGAGCCUGCCCUUCAAGUUAUAAAAGGCAACGUCUUCCUCUAUUCAAUAUCCCUUUCAUCAUCAUCAUCAUCAUCAUCGCCAGCAGCAGCAUCAUCCGCAACAAGAAGAACAAAAAGAACAACAAUAUCGGCACCUACAUUCAAAUCUUUACUUCACCACAUUCCCGCAAUUCCAAACUUGCAAACGUCUCUCAAAUCACAAUGCACCCCCCUACCCUCCUCUUCCCCGUCACAUUUCUCGCCAUGGUUGGCACUUCGAUUGCUGAAAACUGCAAACCCGGCCUAA